AUACGAGUUAAUUUAGCCAAACCUCAGAAGGCAAAGGAAGGAUCUUCUCGUGCUGUAUGGGCUGAUGAUGAGUGGUUAAAGAAAUAUGCUGGUGCAACACUUGAAGGACAAGAAGAUGCUGAAGAAGGGACUUCUGAAGGAACUAAGCGAUCUGCAGAAGAGAGUGAAGAAGAACCAAAAGCCAAAAAGAAAAAGACAAAUCCACAAGUCUACUUUGAUAUUAAAAUUGGCAAAACACUUGUGGGAAGAAUAGUUAUGCAGUUACGAGCAGAUGUUGUACCUAAAACUGUUGAGAAUUUCCGUUGCCUUUGCACACAUGAGAAAGGGUAUGGCUACCAGGGGUCAACUUUUCAUCGCAUCAUCCCUGGUUUCAUGUGUCAAGGUGGAGAUUUUACCAACCAUAAUGGCACAGGAGGAAGGUCUAUAUAUGGCUCCAAGUUUGAAGAUGAGAAUUUCAAACUAAGGCAUACAGGUCCUGGAAUACUUUCAAUGGCUAAUUCUGGCCCAAACAGCAAUGGAUCUCAGUUCUUCCUAACCACUGAGCGGACAGAGUGGCUUGAUAAUAAACAUGUUGUCUUUGGUCAGGUUGUCAGUGGUAUGGAUGUUAUCAGAAAAAUGGAGAAAUGUGGCUCCAAGUCAGGGAAGCCUUCCGAGAAGGUUGUGAUCUCCAACUGCGGUGAACUUGUGUGAAUACUCUUGGGAGAACAAACUUUUGUAAAUUUUUCCACAAUGAAGUGUGAGAUGAAUGUUCAAUAAAUCACUUUAAAGAAAAAUUCUGUUGUGUAACCAAUUCUGUUUGGAGUGUUUGGAUGCAUGGUUAUUGUGUAUUGAAGGGUUGUUUUCAGUUUUAUGUGCUUUACUCAGUACAAACUACAGUGAUCAGUCAAAAUGAUUUAAAUUGUGCCUUUUAUCCAAGACAUAAAUCUCUUUGAUAGCUUUAAUACAAGGAAUUCUGGGUCUCAGUGUGAUGUUAAAUGAUGGGUUUCUUAGUAGUUUGUUGUUAAACUUCUUUAGAUUUUCAAGAUCCCUACAGAAGAGUUAUGGACUGUUGUAUUGGUAUUCUGUUUUGGAGUUUUGAAUUGUAUUCUUUUCUUGGCAAGAAAGUCAAAAAGUGUUUCUAAAUCUUACUUAUAAAGAAAGCAAUGGAAGUUUUAUUAUAGAGGACUAUGAAUUGUUUUAUUUAAUCAUGUUCAUCACAGAUGUAAUUUAAUGAGAACAGCAAUGGGCAUUUGUGACUGAAUUUACCAGCAGCAGGCAUUGAAGCCUUGAUAAUAUUAGAACUGUUUUAAGUUCUUUCACAACUUGUUUGUAUAUGUAUGCAUUAUGCAUGUAUAUGCUCACAUUCUGUGUAAAUGUACACAGACUUGUAAAGUAUAUCUGCUAGUUGAUUUUUUUUCUAAAACUGCGGUUAUACAAGUGCCAAACAUAUCUCACUGUCUGAUGUGUAUAUUUAUACACUUACAAAGUGUAUUUGUAUAAUAAAUGGAAUGAGAAGCAUAAA